UUCACUCCGAGACUGCCAAACAGUUACACAGAUCCUUUUUAAUACUGCAAAAAGAUCACAAAAAAACAGAGAUCGAAAGCAAUUAGAAAGCAUGAGAUUGCAACGAAUUAUGGCGGUUUCUAAGAUUCUCUCAUCACAUUUGCCUCGCAUGCACCGACCCAAUGCCUCUCGUCAGAUGGGUAGCGUCGCUUCUGCGCUUAAAAAUUCCCCCAUAUUUCGAACCCUGGGUCUUAUAGGCGGGAAAUGGGUUGAGGCUUAUGAUCACCACACUCUUCAGGUUAAUAAUCCUGCCAAUGGGGAACUUAUAACAGAGAUUCCGUUUAUGGGCACACUUGAGACCAAUGAUGCCAUUUCUGCUGCGUCUGAAGCUUUUAAUUCUUGGAGUAAACUCACUGCUGCCGAGAGGAGCAAAUACCUUAGAAAUUGGUAUAAUCUUAUAAUGACCCACAGGGAAGAGCUUGGGCAACUAAUAACAUUAGAGCAAGGAAAACCUUUAAAAGAAGCCCUGGGUGAGGUUAAUUAUGGGGCCAGUUUUAUUGAGUUCUAUGCAGAGGAAGCCAAGCGGAUCUAUGGAGAUAUAAUUCCAGCUCCUCUAGGUGAUCGUCGUCUGUUUGUUCUAAAGCAGCCUGUUGGCAUUGUUGGUGCAGUUACACCCUGGAACUUUCCCUUGGCAAUGAUCACUAGAAAAGUUGGCCCUGCCCUUGCAUGUGGCUGUACAGUGGUUGUAAAACCUUCGGAACUUACUCCACUCACUGCUUUAGCAGCAGCUGAACUUUCCCUUCAAGCAGGAAUUCCUCCUGGUGUUUUAAACAUGGUUAUGGGGAAUGCUCCUAAAAUUGGUGAUGCUUUACUUGCAAAUCCACAGGUUAGAAAGAUCACAUUCACUGGCUCGACAGCAGUUGGGAAGAAGUUAAUGGCCGGUGCUGCUGACACUGUCAAAAGGGUAUCGCUUGAACUUGGCGGUAAUGCACCCUGCAUUGUAUUUGACGAUGCAGACCUUCAUGUGGCAGUUAAAGGCACACUUGCAGCAAAAUUUCGUAACAGUGGACAGACUUGUGUUUGUGCGAACAGAGUAAUUGUGCAAGAAGGUAUUUAUGAUAAGUUUGCAGAGGCUUUCUCAAAAUCUGUCCAGACUCUGCAAGUUGGAGAUGGCUUCACUGAAGGUGUGGCCCAGGGUCCACUAAUUAACGAAUCUGCAGUUCAAAAGGUUGAGAGAUUCCUUCAAGAUGCAUCAUCAAAGGGGGCGAAAGUCAUUCUUGGGGGUAAAAGACAUAGCCUUGGAAUGACUUUCUAUGAGCCCACAAUUGUUACUGAUGUCAAGAGUGAUAUGCUAUUAGCAAGCGAGGAAGUAUUUGGACCAGUGGCACCUCUUUUGCGUUUCAAAACCGAGGAAGAAGCCAUCCAAAUGGCAAACAACACUAAAGCAGGUUUAGCCGCUUACGUAUUUACAAAGAAUGUUCAACGAACAUGGCGUGUCUCAGAAGCCCUCGAAUACGGACUUGUUGGUGUUAAUGAAGGAAUCAUUUCAAAUGAGGUGGCACCAUUUGGUGGUGUAAAACAGUCGGGUCUUGGACGAGAAGGUUCAAAGUAUGGGUUAGAUGAAUAUCUUGAAGUCAAAUAUGUGUGCUUGGGAGAUAUGAACAGAACUUGAAGAAGGGAAAAAGGUAAUCUGAGGAAA